UUACUAAUUAAUUCAGAUAUAAUAAACGUUAUAAAUGCGAACUUUGUAACUGUUGUUUGCUUGUACAAUCAUAUCCAGUUCAAUCAUGGAGGUUCUCAUCAAGCUAAACACACAAACUGCUGGACGCGACAAAAUCGCAAGGUUGUUGCAGUAUUUAAGUCGUUUAUUAUGGCAUAGAUUGAAACAAUCACAUUGUGGAGGAGUUGAUAACCUUAAAAACUUGGAAUAUCAACUUUCUACCUUUAGAAAACUUUUACGAUUUGGAAGAUUUGCAGACUCGUUGUAUACGACACUGCCACUCUUUCAACAUCACAAUACAACUAUCAAACUAACUGUGAUACUCUCAAAAAUUGCCAAUGCUUUGUUCCUAUUUGCUGACCACAUACUCUGGAUGGGACGCUCGGAUGUAAUGAGUGUAAAUACAGACAAAUGGGCGAAAAUAUCCAACAAAUAUUGGCUGUAUUCAAUCACAAUGAACUUGGUCAGAGAUUUCUAUGAGAUUAGAAUGAUUUUAAAGCAUAAUCAGAGUAAAAUAUACACUGAUAGAGUUUGUAGUGUACAAGAGUGUUUGACUGUGUGCAAGAGAGCUUUUGACUGUGUCCAGCAUGAUAAGGCUGUUAUGAUUGACACUGUUAAGAAUGUGUGUGACUUUUUCAUUCCUUUGAAUGCUUUGGGGCAUGUCAAGUUAUCUCCUGGCACUGUAGGCCUGUUGGGAGUGAUAUCAAGUAUUGCUGGACUGAUUGUACUCAUGGAACCACAUAAAAAAUUGUCUCCACAGUGAGAGAUAUGAUUGUACAAUCAAGAUGGGGAUGACAAUCAAAUAUUUAACUGGUGUGGUGCAUUUGUUUUAAUAUUUGGUAAAUGGUAAUCGUAAGAACAUCAAUAAUUAGAUAUACUUAUACAUUGCAUACUUCUAAGGGCCAAAUGUGAAGAAUUUAUAUUCCUGUUGAAAUUAUUGUGAACUUGUUUAAUGUUUAAAAUAAAAAUUUGAUUAAAAAACU